AUGCCCAUCGUCAAAGACACGGUAACCCGUCUCGCCACCAUCUCCAAGCUCUUAUUACUAUCCUACAUAGUCGACUGGAUAUUCAUCAUUGGCAUCGCCCUAAUCGGCUAUGGCUUCUACGAACAACCCCCAAACCACCACGCCUUCAGUCUAACCGACCAAACAAUCAGCUACCCCCACACCAAAGAAACCGUAUCAACAAAGACUCUCCUCCUAGUCUGCCUCUUCGCCCCAGCAGUUAUAAUCUUCUUAAUCGCAUGGCUAGUCGUCCCAGCAAAAGCCACCUCCACCCCCGACUCCACCUCCCCCACCCCCAAACCCCCCGCAGCGCAAUACAUCCGCCGCAAAUUCUGGGAAUGGAACGUCGGCUGGAUGGGCCUCGCCCUAGCACUCGCGAGCACAUGGACAGCUACGCAGGGUUUAAAGGCGUUAAUUGGAAAGCCGCGACCUGAUCUACUCGCACGCUGCAAUCCGGACAUAGCACGCAUUGCGGAGUUCACAGUCGGUGGACUCGGGGAGUCGGUGCGCGGUGCCGCAACGCUGGUUUCGUGGGAGAUUUGUCGUGAUAAAAGUGAUUCGUUGCGCAUUGAUGGGUUCUCCAGUUUCCCGAGUGGACAUUCUUCUUUCUCCUUCGCCGGCUUAGGCUACCUAACCCUCUGGCUCUGCUCCAAAUUCUCCGUCGCAUUCCCCUAUCUCCCGCGCUACCCGGUCGAAGACCAAUCCCACCGCGAUGAAGAUACAUCCGUGCGGAAACGCGGCGCCGCACCGCCAGUCUAUUUAAUGCUCCUUGCCUUCGUGCCCACUGCCACGGCGAGCUUUAUUGCCGCGUCCCGCUGGUUCAAUUAUAGACAUCAUGGCUUUGAUAUUCUCUUCGGUGCGGCUCUAGGCAUUUUCUUCGCUUAUAUCGGCUUUAACAUGUACCAUCUCCCCAUUCGGCGUGGAGCGGGAUGGGCUUGGGGUGCGCGGAGUCGAGGACGUGCUUUUAUGCGUGGGGUUGGGGUUCCUAGUUCGUUGGGGAGUGAUGGGUGGGCUGGUGAGAGAGGUUUGGAUAUUGAGAGUGCAAGGGAGAUGGUUAGGGGUCCAGGACAGGGACAUGUUAAGCCGGAGACUGGUGAGGGUAUGGCUGUUCGGGUUGAGUGA